UGAGAAGCAAAUGUCAUUAGUUUUGUGUUCAAACAAAAUUGGUCGUCUCUCUCUACUCAUUGAGUAAUAAAUCUCCCACACAUUUUUCUGCAAUAGCAAAAGAUCUUUACUUUGAGAUUGUCCCCAUGAAUUGCGCAAUCACAGAGGAUGAUUUGAUCUCUCCUUACCUCAUCAUCUUCAAAUCCCUCUUACUCAUCCCAAUCUCUCACUAUCUCACCUUCUUCUUCCUCACAAUCCUAGUGUUUCUCUACUUCUUCCUCGAGAUUCAUUUCCCUAAAGCAGAUCCUAUCUCUCUCACUUUCAAUCCAAACUCUGAGUUCUGCCAGUUUAUUGUCUCCAAGUGUCGUCUCCUUCAUGGACGAUACUUUCCUACGUUUUGGCUUUCAAGCCCUCAUCUUCAAACAGCUUUCCUUAGCCUUUUUGGAAAGUCUCCUCCUUUUUCCUAUAAAAGAAUUCUCUAUCAGGCAACAGAUGGUGGCACAAUUGCUUUGGAUUGGUUAAUGCAUUCUGAUGUUGUGGAAGGCAUUUCUCAGGUGGUCAAUGGCUCAACUUCAGGAACUGAUAGGACUCCAAUUGCUAUUGUGGUUCCAGGGCUUACUAGUGAUUCUUCUGCUGCAUAUAUAAAACAUAUUGCCUUCAGGCUGGCAAAGGAAGGAUGGAAUGUUGUUGUGCAAAACCACCGUGGACUUGGAGGGAUAUCUUUAACUUCUGACUGCGUCUACACUGCUGGGUGGACAGAAGAUCUUCGGAAAGUAAUUGAUCACAUCCAUUCUCAGUUCCCAGAGGCUCCUUUGUUUGCUGUUGGAACAAGCAUUGGUGCCAACGUUCUGGUAAAAUAUCUUGGGGAGGAUGGGCCAAAUACACCUCUUAUUGGAGCUACUGCUGUGUGUUCUCCUUGGGAUCUAUUGAUAUGUGACCGAUUUAUCAACCGCAAACUCGUGCAAAAAUUGUAUGACAGAAUGCUUACUAUUGGUCUACAAGGUUAUGCACAAUUGCACCAUUCCAUCAUUUCUCGGAUAGCCGAUUGGGAAGGCAUUAAGAAGUCACGUUCAGUUCGAGAGUUUGACAACUACGCCACCAGGCUUGUUGCCAAAUUCGAGACAACUGAUACAUACUAUAGACGUUCAAGCAGUUCGCAAUAUGUGGGAAAUGUCGCUGUUCCGCUCCUUUGCAUCAGUGCUUUGGAUGAUCCAGUUUGUACUAGGGAAGCUAUUCCUUGGGAUGAAUGUAGGGCAAACAAAAACAUAGUUCUGGCAACCACAACACAUGGUGGUCAUCUUGCUUACUAUGAAGGGUUGACAGCAACAAGCAUGUGGUGGGCAAGGGCUGUGCAAGAAUAUUUUGAAGUGCUACUCUCCAGCUCCUUUGCAGACAGAAGACAGAAGAUGCAGAUCAUCCCCGAACCAUUAGGAUCUUCGAUUGAUCAAGGACCAUUCGCGGAUGCUGGAGAAGACGGGAUGGUUGCUGCUGCAAGUGAAGUUGACACGACAAGAGCUGAUGUAGAACCAGAGGAUAGUGAUCAAAUUGAUGAAAAGACAAGUAAUUAUCCACACAAGGACAAUACUCCUCAAGUUUAUAACAGUUUACUCGGUCCUUUGAAGAAGAGAGUGGAUCAGCUUUCAAGAUACAGCCGGAAAUCGAUUUGGCUAUUGGCAUACAUUGCUAUAGUCACGACGUGGCCACUUGUAGGACCUGCACUUUUGUUUUCAAUCAAGAGAAGAUUCAGAAAGCUCGUAGAAAAAUAGAAAUCAUAUUCUACUAAUGCAAAGUAACUAUAUACAUAGAUGACUUAUGCCAUUCACACUUUUUUUUAUUGUAACCCACUUAAGACAAGCCUGCAAGAAGCUAUUUGCCGACAAUAUUAUACAAAACUCUCAUUCGUUUUUCUAAACAACAAGUUAUCUUCCAUCA